AUGUCUUUCUCAUUCCAGGCUGCAAGAAAGCACAAGGCCCAGAACUUUGUGUUCUCUCCUUUGAGCAUCAGUAUUGCCCUUGGGAUGGUGCAUGGGGGAGCUCAGUCUGACACUGCUGAGGAAAUGAAGGCUGUGAUGAAAUUGACCAAAGAUCCUCAUUCUUUCUUCAAAGACCUCAUGACUACUUUGAAAAAUGCAGAUGAAGCUGUCAUCAUGAAGAUGGCAAAUAUGCUGUAUGUGAAGCAAGACUUUAAGAUCCUGGACACAUAUAAGAAUCUUCUCAAGGAAUCCUACAAGAGUGGCAUUCAGGAGAUUAGCAUGAAUGAGGCUGGUAGAGGGAUCAUCAAUUCUUUUGUGGAGGAGACAACAAACAGCAGGAUCAAAGACCUCAUCCCAUCAGGGGUCCUGAAUGACAUGACAAGGUUGGUGCUGGUGAAUGCUGUGUACUUCAAGGGGAAGUGGGCAGAACAGUUCAAUGCAAACAAUACCAGAGACCAUGAUUUCCAUGUGACCAAGAGUGAAACAGUAAAGGUUCCCAUGAUGUACAUCUCCAAGAGUUUCCCCUUUGGUAGAGACAAGGCUCUCAAAUGUACUUACAUCAAACUUCCGUAUAUUGGUGAUGAAUUGGAGAUGUUGUUUGUGCUCCCAGAUGAAAUAGAUGGGUUGAAGGAUCUUGAAGAGAAACUCACUGGGGAUACAGUAGCUAAGUGGAGCAGAGAAGCAAGGAAGGGUAUGAAAGUCGACCUCCAUUUGCCACGUUUCAAGAUUGAAGGGGACAUUCCCCUUAAACAAAUCCUGCAAGAGAUGGGUAUGGUGAAGAUGUUCUCAGAUAAUGCAGAUUUCUCUGGGAUGGAUGGCAAAAGGGAUCUAUAUGUGAGUGAUGCAUUCCAUAAGGCAUUCAUAGAAGUGAAUGAAGAGGGAACUGAAGCAGCUGCAGCUACAGGUACAGUCCUCUUCUCUGCCAGAGCUUCUGGGCUUGACAUUGAGCAUAGUAAGAGUAAUGGAUGA